AUGAGCUGCCGCUCGCGCUGUGCGCCAGAGAGCGGCGUGCUGGAGAUGCGCGAGAUCCUGGCGCGCUACACCACCGACACCAUCGCGUCCGUGGGCUUCGGCAUCCAGGGCAACGCGCUCAAGGACCCCGACGCCGAGUUCCGGCGCGUGCUGCGCAAGGUGGUGGACUUCGACUUCUGGCUGGGGCUCAAGUCCGCCGUCGCCUUCUUCGCCCCCAGCCUGCUCUCCACGUUCCGCGUGCGCGUCUGGGACUCGGAGCUCACCGACUUCACGCGCCGCGUGGUGUGGCAGACGGUGGAGCACCGCGAGAAGACGGGGCUGGUGCGCAAGGACUUCCUCGACCUGCUCAUGCAGAUCAGGGCCAAGGGCCACGUGGACGGGGACGGCCCGCACCAGCCCACCGCCACCGCAAACGGCGACGCCGCCGCCGCCGCCGACAAGACAGACGGACACGCCAAGGACGCGGACGGCAACAUCGAGUUCGACGGCGACCUGUUCGCGGCGCAGGCGUUCGUGUUCCUGGCGGCGGGCUUUGAGACGUCCUCCACCACGCAGACGUUCGCCAUGUACGAGCUGGCCUGCCACCCCGACGUGCAGACGCGCCUGCGCCGCGAGAUCCGCGACGCGCUGCGCGCCAACGGCGGCCACCUCACCUACGACGCCAUCAACAACAUGACCUACCUGCACCACGUCGUGCAAGAGACCCUCCGGCUGUACCCGGUGUUGCCGUUCCUGGACCGCGUGAGUCUGGCUGAUUACAAGCUGCCCAACACCAACAUCACGCUGGACAAGGGCACGACGGUGAUGAUCCCCAUCUUGGGCAUCCAGCGCGACCCGGCCAUCUUCGAAGACCCCAACAGCUUCCGGCCCGACCGCUUCGACGAGAGCAAGGGCCCCCCGGGCAAGGGAAUGCGGAUGGGGUACAUGCAAGUGAAGGUGGGGCUGGUGCACUUCCUCAACCACUACGAGGUGCGUCCCAGCAAGCACACGGUGGUGCCCGCGCAGUUCGACCCCAAGUCCUUCCUCCUGGCCAGCAACGGCGGCAUGCGCCUCACCGUCACCAAGCUGCACGACGCCGUCUGCUGAGGCGCGAGCGGACCUGCACUCUGCACGUACGCCCCGGCGCGCGACGCAGCUGCAUGCACUGCGCCCACGUGACAGCGCUUACGUAACGCGUCGGUGUUUGUCGGGAUGGGUUCACGUGCCCGAAAGUGGUGAAUCAUUGCGCAGGUGAGUCUGGAUAUUUCUGGAUAAUGGACUUCGCGCGCAAAAAAAGUGAAUGUGUUGAUGUGACGUGAAUGUCAGUGCAAGUAUUAUUGCAGUCGUCAAGAAAAAUGUUCUAGCAAGUUUUUACUCAAUGCUCAUAUCCAAGAAUAAACCGUUCGGAACAAUAAAAAUGCUCUGCGUUCACUUAAAAAAAGGGCAGUUUGAAGAAAGUACACAGUGUUGCACAGAACUGUAUGGUUCGUUGCAAAUAUUAAAAUGUAAAUAAAUGAAAGAAUUCAUGUUUUAUAAUUUGAGUCAUUUAUUAAAAGAAGCUCCUCACAAAUAAUCCCUGGUAAUAUAUCAUUAGAACAAAAUUCAAUAAUCUGAAAGAUAUUUUUAAACAACCAAAAUGAUGAGUGUUGAUAUGUUUAGAUUAAUAAUGGAACAGAUGUAGAAGAAAUAAUAGGUAUUUUAUUAUAUAAUAAUUUCUUUGUAUUUUUUGUUAAAAACAUUUGUUUAACUUUAAACCUUUUGCAUACUUCAUCUUGUUAACAUUGAACUUCGAAAAACAGACAAUAUAAUACAAAUUUUUAACUCAUAAAUGAAGAAAAAUUGGUUAUUAAAUUCUUCAAUAAUAAAUCUGUGGACAUGCGGAAUUUAGAUAUUCUAUCUUCAUAAUAACGGUCAAAUUGUACGUUGGAUCUGAUGUACCUCUUCAGUUUUAAAUAUUAGAAUUUAAUAAUGUAUUCAAAGUCAAUGAAGUGUGAGUUUACAAUUUCUUGCCAACACUCAAAAUAUUAGGACCACAUUGGUUUGUUAAUAUUGUUAAGAAUUGUAUAAAUCAUACUCAGUCGAGAAGAGACUGUUUUAGUCUCGUUCAGUUAUAAAAAUUCGCUUAGUGGUUUGAAACUGACAGGUGUGGGUAACUUCGCUUAAGUCCAUAGUGAAAAUGAAACACACCUCCCGUAGAAUAGCCAGCUAAAAAAAUAAGGUGAAAAUAUUGACUUAAGCAUUAUGUAUACGUAUUCCUAAGAAGAUUAGAUAAUCAGUUGCAACACGAGCAACUUCUCCAAGUGAGGCAUAAGUGCAAAAUGAAGACUGCAGAUAUGACGCAGAAAAUACUUUAAAGGUUUGGAGCGCAGGAGUGAUAUUACGGCAGAUCGCUUCUUGGAGCAGAGGGGCGGGGAAAAUUAAUCUGGCGCUAGCAAGAGAAACAGGAUAUAUAAUACAUUUCUGAAAGAAAAAAAACUCAUAACAUGAUGAAUGUCUUUAUUAUGUCGAAAAGCGGGAGAUGAGAAAAUUAAUUUUGUUUGGAUGAAAAGAAACUUGGUAGUAUUUAGUAACUUUUAUAAAAAAUUGUUAGGGUUCUGAAAUGAUUAAAGAGGGGAAGGUUUGCUUACAGUACAGGUAAUCAACGCUCGUAUUGUUGGGGCCCUAUCAGUUGAUGUGUGAAAGCUUCACUGUUUAGGAAAUAAAUUUGUAUCUCUUACAGUUUUGCGCUCCCAUGUAUCUAGUGAUGGGAUUAUGUCCAGAAUACUAAUUAAUAUGUGUUAACAAUCUGAUUUAAAUGCGUAACAUGAUAACAUUAAAUUUAACUUAUAACCACUUUUAGAAAAAUAUCUUGUGUAGUAAGUAAUGUUUAAUUGCCAUCCUCUUUAAACUUUAAUCAAAGUGUUACACGGGAAAAGUAAAUGUCAAAAAUAUAAGUUUCUUUCUAAAUUUUCAAGACAGUGAAUUAUCCGUUAUAAAAUCGAUCUCUGGUGACAAAGACAUGCUGAGACAGAUAACGUAACAUAGUGAGUCAAUCACUACUUAUUACGGAUUCAUAUCUAAACCUAUUACCACUUUUAACAAGUAAUGAAAACAUUCAAUGAAAUACAACUGUUCAAAUGUUUAACUGUUUCAAAUAUUAAAAUUUAUAGAUGACGUAGAUUUCAGUAUGAGUUCAAUAUUUCAAUACUCGUGUGAAUUUGUUGCGAAAAGCAAAUGUGAAUAAAUGAGCAUGCCCAAAUUAAAAAUGUUGAUAAAAUGAAUAUCGCAUUUAUCUAGGGUUACAUCAUCAUGUUAUAUAAGAGUCCUGCGAUAAUAUAUUUUGUAGAAGUACAACUGUGAGUGUAAACUAGUAAAAAAACGUGGAUAAUACGUAUAUACUAUUUUUCUUCAGUAGGUAUUUCUUGGCUAUAUAAUGCAAUUUAUUUACUUUAUACAACUUGUGCGUCUCUUACAAUAA